UGAAUCAGCAACUUUGAUUACACGGUCUUCAGUUCUUGGCGAUUCAUUUGACUUUUGUUAGAGUUUUGGUCUUUAUAUUUGUUUAAAAUCUUGCGAUAAUUUUGAAAAUAUAAAGUGACAACAAAGAUAUGGCUUUAUUCGCGAACACAUCAUCUGCAGGAGGUCGUUCCUCUUCCAAGAAUUUGGUGGAAUUCAGAGCUGGGAAGAUGUUUAUGAAGGGCACCAUGGUGAAUCCAGACAAGAGAAAAGGUCUUGUUUACGUUCACCAGUCUGAUGACAAUUUGAUUCAUUUCUGUUGGAAGGAUCGAACAAGUGGAAAAGUAGAAGAUGAUCUCAUCAUUUUCCCUGAUGAUUGUGAAUUUAAAAGAGUUUCUCAAUGUACGACUGGACGUGUGUACAUUCUCAAAUUCAAGGCUUCAUCACGAAAGUUUUUCUUCUGGAUGCAGGAACCGAAAACUGACAAGGAUGAAGAGCACAGUAAGAAAGUGAACGAUAGUUUGAACAACCCUCCGACUCCUGGUCAGUCCAGUGGUGGAUCAGAUCUAUCAGGAAUUGAUCAACUUGGACAAGGAGGAUUUCAGGAUCUUCUUCAAAACAUGGACAACAAUCAGCUUCUGCAACUGAUGGCUGCGGGAGGGGGAAUGGGUAACUUAGGUGGAUUCAGCAGUCUGCUUGGUGCAGGCGGAGCUGGUGGGGGUAGCGGUGGUAGGAGCAACAGAACAACCCGGACUCAGGCCUCCACCACACCGACAACUGCUAGAACAACUGCAAGGCCUGCUACUACUACGUCUGUAACUACAGAUAGGAUAAGUUCAACAACUCCAGCGGCAGUGACACCAUCACCUGCGACACCGGCAACUCCUGUCAGUGAUGCCGCGGCAUCUGGAGUACAACUGAGCCAGCUGCAGAAUAUCUUAUCACAGAUGGGAGUUCAACAACAGGCAAUGGCGAUGGAAGAACCGGUCGACUUGUCGAAGGCGAUCACAUCUGAUGUUAUGGUUCCAAUACUUGCCAAUCCUGAGGUUCAAGAAAGACUGAAGCCGUUCUUACCUCAAGGAGAAUCCAUUCCUUCUACUGCAGAUGAGUUAAAAGCAACAGUGAAAUCACCACAAUUCAGACAGGCUAUGUCUUCAUUCAGUGAAGCACUGGCGACUGGACAACUUGGUCCUGUAUUGAAACAAUUUGGAUUGCCCCAGACUGCAUUGGAUGCGGCAGCUAAAGGAGAUGUUGAAGGGUUUGCCAAAGCAAUGCAAGACAGUGAAGCAAAAUCAUCGGAUUCUAAGAAGGAUGAAGAAGAGGAUAUGGUUGUGGAAUAAGGGGUCAAAGGUCAAUUAAGGGGGCAAAGGCCAAUUAGGAUGCUUAAGCAAACAAAAUUUAAUGCAAUAAUUCUAGGAUUAACUUAUCAUAUCAUAAAUUUUGUUCAAUGUUCUCAAAGGUUGGACCUUGAAUUUAAUAAGAAAUGUGUUCAUCUAUCAUGUAGGCCCUCGUCAAUGAAUUUAAAUAGAAUAACGAUUAAAUCUGUUUUUAUCCAGCACAUUUUGACAUUCACCAGUUGCUCUUUGUUCUAAAUUUAGUGGUUUUUGUUCUGCAUCUCUGACUUUCUUGAUCCUGGGCCCAGUUUACCUAUCUUUGUGCAGUGUUCUUGUUCUUUGUAUAGUUCAGUAAUGAAGUUACAUUGCAAUAUGCGGGCAUGACUUCAUCCAACAGACUA